GCUCCACCGCCGAAGUCUACAGCUCCCACAGCAGUUCCACCGAAGAGCAGUGCAGUUCCCGUGGCCCCACCGCCGAAGUCUCGACCGCCAGGUAUGCCCAGUGCAGCCGUGCUCGCUUCUCCUGUGAUCCUGCAGCAGUCUAUGGAGCUGCUGAAAUGGAUGAUGAGGAUUCUCUACAGUGGCAAGGACGAGGACUGGUUCGAGAACAAGGACUUGGCAGGCCCGAUGUGUCAGGAGCACAUCCUUUACGAAGCUUGGGAACGUGGGGUGGCGGGCCCCGAUGGCACUUUUGUCCUUGGCGAGGAUUGUCUGGCAGAUGACUUGGAGAGUUUCUGUACAUUUGUGUCAGAGAAUGUGCCGGGGCUUCCGUCGUGGGAGACGUUGACGGGAGAAAUGCUUGCCGACACUCAGCUUGAGAAGGAGGAUGAGCAGCCUGCGUCGCCUCCGAACAAGAAGCAACGAUCCAAUCUCGAUUUUUCCGUGCUGCAUCAGGAGCUCAGCCCGGCAGGCUGCAGUGCGAAUGCUGUGGCCUCGGGCUCCGAUAUGGAGACGGCUGUGGAGCCCUCGAAGGGGCCUGUGCAUCGACAGGCUUCGGUGACCUUGUCUGCCGAUGCGGUGCGCAGUCAGGUGGCAGAGCAGGACGGACAGCGGCCGCCCCCGAUCCUUCGCAAAGCGGCCGCGGUGUUUGGCGAGCAGAAUGACAAGCUGGAUGGCUUGGCGGCAGAGACACCCCCUGCUCCACGGAAGCCUGCUUGGAAACGACAAGUUGUUGAUGCAGAGGCGCUGCCUCAGCUACCACCAGAGAAGAUGGCGAAAUACGACAGCUGGUGGAAGCAGUGGGGGAGAAGUUCAUCGCGGGACAGCGAUGCCACGAUCGCCAGCUCUGCGACGGAGAGUGAUGGAACCGAUGUCAUGCAGACGGUGCAGCAGAUGGCUCCGGGACCUUUGAAAUCGGCUUUGCUGGAAGUCUUGAUGCAGAAAGAGCCUGUGCCAGCAGAGGUGCAGCCCCGCCCGGAGCCCGUGCAGGCACCUAGUGUGCCGGUUCAAUCACCUGGUGUGCCGGUGCAAGCACCAGCUGCACCGAAGGUGCCAGUGUCGCCGGGUCUCGAGCCGGUGCCGAACAGGAGUGGAGGCGAUGACAGGCUCGAAGCAUUCCAAAAAUGGGUGCUCAGCGGGGGCAACGGCAAGGCCGUUGAAGCGACAAUGAGACUGCAGCGGACCAGCGAAGAGGCCCACAGCGACGGUGGGCGCUACAAGCCGUGGGCCUCGAUCGUGGAACAUUUCAAGGGCGACACCGACGAAGCCCUCGUGUUCGCUCAGAAGAGGAGGCAGGAGGACCAAAUCACGGUCGAAGUGGGAGCCGACCUCGAGAUUGCGACCCGAUUGGCAAAGAUGAUGGAGAACCACCCGCACCUCUUCAAGAAGCAGCCAGCGGUUUUGGAUGGCAAGCCACGUGAUGGGCAGGAUCCGGCCGCCAACGAUGGAACGGACAAUCCAUCGGAUGCCAAGGGCAAGGGGAAGAACAAAGCAAAGGGAAAAUCAAAAGCCAAGGCCAAGGCGAAGGUUGACAAGCAGAUCCACACCGAGCUGCCGACGAUGGACCUGGCCGGCUUGGCUGUUUUCAAGGAGUCCUGGACCAAAGCGGUAUCCGAUGCUCAAGGGCAUGCUACGACCAUGGUAUGCGAGCUGGAAAACUUCGAGUCGCAGGAGAAGCUGUGCGAACUGAUCAACCAGGCGAAGGAGGGGCUCUCCCUGGCGAGGAAGGAUAUGCUGGCCGUUGAUGUGUCGAGCGAGAACUGUCGCUCGGUGAUGGAUCGGAUUCUUAUGGCCGCAAAGCCGUACGUGCAAGCCUACCUGAAGCACACGCGGACGGGGAACAAUCUGAUCGGUGCCGCGAAGCGCGAGAACGAGAAGAAGAAUAAGAAGGCCAAGGACGCACCGGCUGCGGGUGAGGAGUGA